CUCGGUUGCUUUGAGAGCUUCCAGUCCAUCGUACACUCAUUCGCAAUCAUGUUUUCAACGCGUCUCUUUCGUCCGGCUGCGCAGCUAUCGCAGCACGUCCGUCGAUACGCAUCCGAAGCACCAAAGAGUGGCGGGACCAAUCCUUUCCUGCUCGGCGCAGUCGGUGUCGCUGCACUAGGUGGAGGAUACUAUGCGUUUUCAGGCACGAAAGACCCGGUAGCAACGGCCAUCGAGAACACAGCCGCUGCAUACGAAAACAAGACUCCGGCGCAGGGAGGUCCGCCGGACAAGGUCUUCAUCGGUGGUGAUCAAGGCUUCAUCAGUCUGAAGUUGGACAAAGUGGAAGAUGUCAAUCACAAUACGAAGAAGUUCAUCUUCGCAUUUGAGAAUCCCGAGGCCGUGAGCGGACUGCCCGUGACGAGCGCACUCAUCACGAAAUACAAGGGCCCGGAAGACAAGAAGCCCACGAUCAGGCCAUACACACCCGUAUCAGAUGAAGGAGAUCGGGGACAUAUGGAUCUGCUGGUGAAGAAGUACCAGGGAGGUCCCAUGUCGACACAUUUGCAUGACAUGAAGCCCGGCGACACACUCGAGAUCAAGGGCCCGAUUCCCAAGUACCCGUGGUCGACGAACAAGCACGACCACGUUGCGCUGAUUGCAGGCGGCACUGGAGUGACACCCAUGUACCAGCUUGCACGAGGAAUCUUCAACAAUCCCCUGGACAAGACGAAGGUGACCCUCGUGUUCGGCAACGUGACCGAGGAAGACAUCCUGCUGAAGCCCGAAUUCGACCAGCUCGAGAAGGACUUCCCGCAACGAUUCCGCGCCUUCUAUGUGCUGGACAAUCCUCCUGCGGGCUGGAAGCAAGGAAAAGGCUUCAUCAACAAGGAGCUGCUCAAGACGGUCUUGCCUCCUAGCGACUCGGAGAACGUGAAGGUGUUUGUGUGUGGGCCUCCGGGUCUGUACAAGGCUUUGUCGGGGCCGAAGAAGAGUCCGCAAGACCAAGGCGAGCUCGAUGGCAUUCUGAAGGAACUGGGAUACACGAAGGAGCAAGUUUUCAAGUUUUAGACUACGAUGCCAUAGAGACUUUUUCUUGGACAGAUCAGAUAGAGAGACAUGAAAAUCUUCUCCCGU